AUGCUUUCCAGAUUUGCCCAAACCGUUGGGAAAAGAGCUAUCAAAGGAUAUAAACCUCAAAAGUUGCCGAAUCGAAAUGACAACGUAAUCAUAGCGAUGUCUUCUGGUGUUGACUCUUCAGUUUCAGCAGCUCUAUUUGCUGAACAGUACCCAAAUGCUCGAGGAAUUUAUAUCCAAAGCUGGGGAAAAUCACAGUCGCUAACAGAUCCGCAGCUGGAACCUUGCUACGAGAGAGAUUGGAAGGACGUGGGCCGAGUAGCUGAACAUUUAGGUAUACCGGUAGAUAAGGUUAAUUUUGAAAAGGAAUACUGGCUGGAUGUAUUUGAACCCAUGUUAGAAUCGUACAACAAAGGCUGGACACCCAACCCAGACAUUGGUUGUAACAGGUUUGUGAAAUUCGGUAAACUAAGAGAAUAUCUUGAUCAACAGUACGGCGCUAACAACUAUUGGUUAGUAACAGGCCAUUAUGCAAGGGUGCUGUCCUCGAGUUAUAACGACCAACCACACCUACUGAGAAGUUUUUACCCAGCUAAGGAUCAAAGUUACUACUUGUCACAGGUAGAUACCGACAUCUUGGGACAAUUAAUCUUCCCCACAGGCCAUUUGACUAAACCGGAGGUGAGAGAAUUAGCAGUAGCUGCAGGGUUAACUACAACCUCUCAGAAACCUGAUUCACAAGGGAUAUGCUUCGUAAACAAUUCUCAAAGUGGGAAAUUUAAGCACUUUCUGGAGCACUAUCUUCCGAAUUCUCCAGGUAACAUCGUAACUAUCGAAGAAGACGGUAAUAAGAGAGUUUGGGGCCGACAUCCUGGUCUGUGGUCACAUACGAUAGGACAAAAAGUGGGACUAUCCAUGCCACAAGGUGACCCCAGAUACGCAGGUUCCUGGUACAUCAGUGACAAAUUACAAGAUUCCAACGAACUCGUCAUCGUUAGAGGCAGAGAUAAUCCUGCACUUUAUCAGGAUACUGUGACAAUCACAAACACUUUUUCAUUGGAUCUCAAUUUUCGGCGCUUGAUGAAGGAAGCCAUUGAGCAAGGCAAGCUUUUCAUACAGUAUCGUUCUUUGCAAGACCCGAUCGCCGUAAAGGAUUGCCAUUUUGACCAAGAUGAAACGGUGCUUAAGCUAGGGAGUGCGCAGAGAGCCAUGGCUCCUGGUCAGUAUUGCUGCCUCUAUUUGCAAAAUCGGGUAUUGGGAUCAGGCACUAUUAGUCGUGUAGGAACGUAA